AUGGGGACUUCUCCUGGUACCGAGUCGAAGUCCCCCAAAUUGUCCAACAACAAGACAUUACGACAAGGUGAGCCACGUCGAAUUGUUCCUUCUCAGGCUUCUGAAUUUCGUCCCUUUUUACACAGCUACCAUUGCCACGCAAUCUACCGUUCUGUUAUCCGGUAUUGCAUUGUGUGCUUCUCCACCUGUCGUCAUUUUCGCCUCAGUCGCAGCCCACCUCCUUUGCUUGAGCUUCAAUCCACUGUGCAAGUUCGUUAUCCAACCACUCGUCGUCGUUCGCAUCGUUGCUCACACGCGUUUCUCAUUGUAGAUACAGCCUCCGACUCCAAGAUCGACCCCGCCGCCGUGAAGCCGGAUGGUGCGUCUAAUGCGGAAACUGCUAAACCUCUCGCACCACCACCCCGACCCGGACAACAACCACAAGGCAAUAAUACCCCCGACUACUUCUCUGGCCAAGUCGGCGGAUCUCUCAGCCUGGAGCCCAAUCCGUUCGAGCAGUCUUUCGGGGGUGGUGGUGGCCCAGAGACUCCGGGAGGCACGAAGCUUCCUUCUGUCGCUGCCUUGACCUCGCCAUCUUCACUUCUGCCAGUCGGAAAUAAUACGCCGUUCAACUGGGGAGGAGGUUCGCUGCGCACCGGUCCAUUGAGUCCUGCAAUGUUGUCGGGACCGGCCAACGAUUAUUUCAGUGACGCGCAUCACUUGCGAGGCGGAUUUCCAACGCCAAACGAGUCCUCGUUGAGGUCAGGACUUACACCUGGAGGCAGCGGGUCCAUGUUCCCGGCUCCAAGCCCCAACUCUCAAGCACUCUUCGCACAGCUUGCCAGUGGAGGCGCGACUCCAAGCACGAUAGACUUUCAUCGAACUGCCAUGAGCGCGGCUGCCGCCAAGCGCGAGCAAGGACAGCCUCAAACACAAUCGCAACAAGUGACAUCACAACCAGCAGACAUGCCAAACGGUGCGACGCCCACUGUUAAAGCAGAGCCGAAACAGGCAUCCGGGCCUUUCGAUCCUCACGACAACGAUGCCGCCAACGGCCUCUUCAUGCUUGCGCAAGGCGCGCAAACCAGAAACGGGAACCAAUCAUCACAAUUCUCUACAUCUAGUGCGCCCAGUCACGCUCAUCCUGCGCCAGCACCUGCUCAGAACUCCAACACAUCGCCCCAAAUGUCGACCGGAAAUGCUGCGUCAAGAGGUGCCAGCGAAGGCACCAAUGGGUCGGAAGAGGCGGAACAAACCAAGCCUGCGGCCAAAGGAAAGGGUAAGAAAGCCACGGCUGCUAGUAACGGCAGAAGGAAAGCCGAUGAUACGCCAGCCAAAGCCCCUCCCAACAAAAAGUCCAAGGGCAACGCUGGUGCAGCUAACGGGAUGUCACCUGAGGUAUCGGACGAGGAGGAGGAUGACAUGGGAGACGAUCCCAGUUCCAAGACAAAAAUGACGGAUGAAGAAAAGCGCAAGAACUUUCUCGAGCGUAAUCGGUAG